CUGCACUCUUUUCAAUGUCUUAUAGGAUCCAAUCUUUUACAAACAGGCCUUCCACAGGGAGCUGUCCCAGCCUUACAAACAGGCCUUCCACAGGGAGCUGUCACAAGCUGCAUACAGGCCUUCCACAGGGAGCUGUCACAAGCUGCACUCUUUUUUCCACAGGGAGCUGUCACAACCUGCACUCUUUUCAAUGUUGACAGGGAGCUGUCACAAGCUGCACUCUUUUCAAUGUCUUCAUCGAUACCGAAUUGGAAAUCAUCAAGUGCUUACUUUAUGCAGAUGAUCUGGUACUAUGGUUGCUUACUUUACGCAGAUUAUCUGCAAACUGGUGCGACAACAACAACGUGUAAAAGUCAAAAUGCUAAAAUAGCAGAACGAGUCUCCAAUAGACUGAAUGUACUGAAGCGUCUUGCUGGUAGCGUAUGGGCCUCCACAGAGGUGACUCUCAAACCACUCGAGAAGGCACACAACCAAGCAUUACGACUAAUUACUGGAGGGAUAAAAUCAUCACCCAUUGAUGCAAUGCACCAAGUUACAGGAAGCACCACAAUAGGUUCUCUUAUCAAAGAAAAGGCCUUGAUCCUGUUGGAGAAGCUACUGAGCAUUUCCAUGGACAAGUUCUUCAGCACCUAUGAGAAUAGUCCAAGACACCUGAAAACGCAAUCUGGUCUAAUGCAGAAAGCCAUAGAACUGAAGAAAGCAUUACAAAUUGAUGACAAACCAAAAAGCCUCUCUCUCCCCAUGAACCCAUUAGCAGACUUUGAUGAAGUUGACACACUUGCUAAGAAGGGGACAACGAUUAUGCAAUGCAUGGACCGGCCGAUGUCUUUCCACACAAUGAAGGCCUUAAUCAGGAGAGAAUUCCAGACCUCAUGGGCAACGAAAUUAAAGCUCGAACAAAGGAGAAACAGUGGACAGUGGCAAUCUCCGACAUACCCGACUGGCCAAGAAUCGAAGCCGUUGCUGAGUUUAGACUACGUACCGGACACGAUUGCUUGCCAAAACACCUUCACAGAUUGGGAUUAUACACUCAACCCACAUGACCUCUAUGUAACCUACAGGAGGAAAUGGAUAAGACUCACCUGA